AUGAACAAUUUUACUAACAAUACAUCAUUUAGAAAUGAAAUCUUUUCAACAAAUGAAAGUCACGUAAGUUCCGAACAUUUGACUGUGACAGAUGCUGGUACUUUAAGAAAAUCGGUAAAAUCUUUAACCACUACGACAGAGCAGAUUGAUCAAAUUAGAGGGUCAGACGCUUUUUCGGCUUCUAUAUCUUUGAAUUCGACCAUCUCAAAGAAUUUGUCCUUCCAAGCAAACAAAGAAAUACCAGAAGAGUUGGAUAAACAGCUUACUUCAAGAUUUGAUUUGGCAGAUGCUAUCCGUUUAAAAUCAAAUUGUGAGUCUGACACUGAUGAUGAAGAUAAGAUAAAAGACUUGGAGCAUUCCCCUGAAAAAAUCCGGAGAAUAUUGACUGAGAACAGUGUUACUUCUGGUGACGUUGUUUCCAUGGUAACUAAUCAGAAAGCUCAAGACUGUCCAUUGAAAAAUAAUAGUGGAGCAAUAAUUGAAAAAGUUUUCACCAAUAAAGAGUCCGGUGAAGUAUCCUUGCCACCAGAAGGUGGUUAUGGCUGGGUUUGUGUAGUUUGUUCUUUUUUAAUCUUUUUUUCAACUUGGGGGUGUAAUGCAGGGUUUGGUGUCUUUUUAGCCUUUUAUUUGAAUGAUAAUACUUAUGCAGGUGCUUCAAAGUAUGAUUAUGCUUUAAUUGCAGGUUUUACUGUCUUCCUUGGGCAAGGUUUAUGUCCCGUGGUGGCAUUCGUUAUGAGAGUGGUAGGGUUUAAACCACCAAUGUUAUUUGGGGUUGUACUUUUAUUGGCGGGGUUUUUAAUGGCUUCUUGGGCUACACGUCUGUGGGAAUUGUAUUUGACUCAAGGUGUACUGUCGGGUGCAUCUAUAGCCUUUAUUUUUGUCCCUGCGACAACUGUCUUACCAGGCUGGUUUUUAAAGAAGAGAGCUGUGGCUAUUGGUAUAACUUUGAUCGGAACUGGUGCUGGUGGUGUAACAUUUGGCUUGGCUGCUCAUAAAAUGAUUGACGAUAAUCAUAAUACCCAUUGGUGUUUACGUAUGCUUGCUAUUACUUGCAGUAUCACAUGUUUAAUUGCAAUUACUUUUAUCAAACAACAUACUUCGGUUAAACCUGUGGGGUUUAAAUCAUUUACUAAGAUAAAAAGAGAGUGGUUUGCUAUUUUCAAUAGGAAAACUGUUUUUAAACCUGUUGUUCUAUUAAUCGCAGCUUGGUUUACUUUUGCUUUAUUCGCUUAUAAUCUAAUGAUCUUUACAAUUUCACCAUAUUGUAUCUCUAAAGGUUUAUCUUCGCAUGAUGCCUCAACAAUUACUGCAAUAUUAAAUGGUUCGCAAGCAAUCGGCAGACCAAUAAUGGGGCUGAUUGCUGAUAGAUAUGGUAGAACAAAUGUAACUGUUGUUUUAACAUUUUUUUUGAUGCUUUUUGUCUUCGCGUUUUGGAUAACUGCUCAUACUUUGGUGCAAUUAAUUUUCUUUGCAAUUAUGCUAGGUUCGUGUGUUGGUGUUGCUAAUGUUAUGAAUACUGUUUUAAUUGCAGAUAUUGUUCCUCCAGAAGAGUUUUUAGCUUCCUGGGCAACAGUUAACUAUUUAUUUUGUCCAAUGCUAUUAUUCUGUGAAGUCAUAGCACAAGCUUUAGUUAAGCCAGAACGUAAAAAUAACCCUUACAUUUACACCCAAAUAUUUUCAGGAUUUUGUUUCUUUAUUGCAUUAUGCCUAAUUAUCGUAUUAAGAGAAUGUUCUGUUCGUAUCCAGCUCCAAAAAAAGAGUGAUAAAAUAGAUGAACAAUUAACUAUUUUGCAAGAUGAUAAUGAAAAAUUAGAUUUUACUGUAACUUCGAAAUCCCUUGAAGAUGAUAGUAUUCACAAUUUGAAAAUGCUAAGAGAAAAAUAUGAUAAUGAAUUAAAGGGGACUCCUAAAGCUUACUUUAAAAGAAUGUUUAAAAUGAUGGCUGUUUAA